CCGGAAGCGGAAGUUGGUAAACCCAGUAGCUACAGUAUCAUAUGUUGCAAGUGUAAUAUAAUUCGUUGCUAAUGCGAAAUGUGAUUUUGAAUGAGAACUUCUUUUAUAUCAUAUAGAUAUAAUUAGUUUAUUCCGUAGAACUUAAUUAAAAUGAUAAAAAAAUAAAGUCGAACAUUUGACCAGUAACUGAGUAUUUUUUCCUUAUUUAACUGGGACGUAACCUAGAUUACUAACCUGGUUACAUAUGCCAUAUCAGUACCGGUAUAGCAGUUUAUUUGUAAACAACGUUUUGUGUCUUAUGUAAAAGACAAUGGCAGCCCGACAGCCUUUUACAGACUCUGAUACUGCCGACGAAGCAGUGAGAGCGACUUGUGACGAUGCAUCAAUUUGUAAAAGGUUUGCCACCAGUAAAGGUUAUUGGAAGGACCCAUAUAUCCAGUACUUUGUCAGGCAGAUCGGUGAACGAAAGGCUCCGGAAAUCAACAGAGGAUACUAUGCUCGUGUGCAGGGGAUGAAUUUCCUCCUAGAUGCUUUUCUCAGAAAAACUGCGUGUGACUGUCAGGUUGUUAAUUUUGGCGCUGGACUGGACACUACAUUUUGGCGGUUGAAGGAUGAAAGCCUCUUGCCUAAAAAGUAUUUUGAGGUUGACUUUCCCAUGGUUGUUGCAAGGAAGAUACAUAACAUAAAGACUAAAGCUCCUUUGUCCAAACCUAUAAUCGAAACCCACUCCACGGAUACCCUUUUAAUCGACGGCCACAGCCUGGACUCUGACAGAUAUUGUAUUAUCGGAGCGGAUCUCAGAGACCUUGCAGGUGUCAAUGACAAGCUUAGGAAGUUUCAGCUAAACCCUGAGCUGCCUGCAUUAUUCCUGUCCGAGUGUGUGCUGGUAUACAUGAAUCCUGAGCAGUCGUCUAAGCUGGUGCACUGGGCUUCGGACACCUUUCACACGGCCAUGUUCAUAAACUACGAGCAGGUGGACAUGGCCGACCGAUUUGGGCAGGUGAUGAUUGAAAACCUGCAGAGACGCCACUGUAACUUAGCAGGAGUGGAAGCCUGCCGCUCCCUGGAGUCACAGAAAGGGCGUUUCCUGGCAGCGGGCUGGGAGGCUGCUGACGCCCUGGACAUGAUGACCGUAUACGGCAUGCUGCCCCAGGAGGACGUGGCCAGGAUCGAGCGACUGGAAUUCCUGGAUGAAAAGGAACUGCUUCAGCAGCUCCUGCAGCACUACUGUAUCUGCUGGGCCAUCAAAGAUAAACUUAAACUAGGCCUUUCACAGGUUGCGUUUUAAUGGACGGAAGAGUCGCCCUUUUCCAAAACCUGACAAUGCUCUGUUGUGCCAAACACCACAAAAUUCAGAAGCCCUGGAAAGAAGGAAUCCAUCCUCACCUUCAGACUAUUAUUGUUUUGUUUCAGGACUUCUGGGUCCAAUAAAUAAUGCUGAAACUUCAACACAAAACUGAUGUGUUUUUAUUGCAUCCAACAUGCACUGACUGCUUGUCUAUUAAGUUUAAAAAAAUAAAAAAUUAUUACAGUAA